GUCAUGGGGGGGAAUCGGGCCCCACCAUCAGAGCCAGCACCCCCUGAGCCCCCAGGAGAUGGGGGGCAGCGGCAUGGGGCACCCCGAGUCCCAUGGAAAGUCCAGGGGGCACUGGGGGUUUGUAGGGUACAAUAAAGGGAUUGGGGUGACCCCCCUUUACCCCCCUGCGGUCCUGCAGGGUGGGGGGAUGUGCCCUGCUGGGCCCUGAUGCCACCGUGUCCCCCUCCCCAAAUGCGGCGCUGUCCCCAGCGCUGGGCUGAGCCGUUCAUGGGGGUCCCCAACACCGCCGGGACCCCCAGGACACCCCCGGGGAGCUCCAGCUCGGGGCUGGGGGGGCGAGCAUCAUCAUCGGGACCCCCCAAGCCCCCUGGGGUCACCCUGGGCAGGGCUGGGGGUCCCCACAAUUGUGACACCAACACUGCGAGGGGCUGCACCCCCACCCCACUCCCCCAUCGCUGCCCCAUCGCCGCGAUUUGGGGGUGACAGUGCAGUGUCCCCCCGCCACUCCCCGGCCCCCCGUGCCCUGCGCUCCCCCAAAUCCCCCUCCCCGUGACCCCACAACCUUCCGGGAUCUCUUUACGGCAUCAUCGGCAGGGGCAGCAGCGCUUCCCGCUCGGCGCCUGCGCUCGCCGCUCACCGGAGCCUCCGCCGGCCUCGGCACGGCCCAAACCGGGGCUGUCCCCCCUCACACACACCCCGUGCUGCCACCGGAGCCCCCCAGAACCCGCCGGACCCCCCACCCUGAGCGGCGCAGAACGAUGGGCUGAACGCACCCGGCAAAUCGCAGGCACAGGCCGGGCUGGGGGUGCGCCAAACAAAGACCCCCCCCACCCAAAACAAAUAAAACAAACAUCCCCUGGGGGUGCUCAGGGGGUGACCGAGCCCUCCUCGGGCCGUGAGGGACCCCCCGGUUGUCCCCGAGGAGCCGCCGGUGCCGGUGUGAGGAGCGACAGCGCCGGGAGCAGCAGGUGCCCCCAUGGCGUCGUUCCGCAUCCGGCAGUACCAGGAUCAGGACUUUGAGGCCGUGCGGGCGCUGUUUACCCGCGGCGUCCUGGAAUACGCCCCGGCCUGCUUCUGGUAUGUUCUGCGGGCGGGGCGGGUGCGCCUGGCACUGCUGGCCGCGUUCGUGGUGGCGCGGGCGGCCACGGGCUCAUGGAUGCUGGGGCUGGGAGCGUUUGCGCUGGCGCUGGUCCUGGUCUGGGUGCUGGUGCGCUUGCUCUGCAACAGCUACGUGCGCGACGCGCUGGGCACCGACCUGUGCGAUGUGCCCGGCACGUACCAGCGCUCGCCCGACUGCCGCUUCUGGGUGGUUGAAGAGGCUGGCACCGUGGCGGCCAUGGUGGCGGCGGUGCCCGCCGGCCGCGGUGAGAUGGAGCUCAAGAGGAUGUCGGUGAGCCGGGAGCACCGGGGCCGCGGGCUGGCACGGAUGCUGUGCCGGGAGGUGCUGGCGUUCGCCCGUGCCCGCGGGUACGGCACCGUGGUGCUCAGCACCUCUGUGGUGCAGGUGGUGGCGCAGCGGCUCUACGAGGGGCAGGGAUUCCGCAAGGUGGGCGCCUUGUACCCCUCGCUGCUGGGCAUCUUGCUGAACUUCCAGAUGCUUUACUACCGCUGUGACCUGGGUGAUGCCAAUAAGUAGGGCCUGGGUGGUGCUGCCACGGUGGCAUGGCACCCCUAACGUGGCACUGUUCCGGCCCUGGCACGGCACCAUGAGCCCGGGACAUGAGGCACUGCCGUGGCACCUGAACCCUGGCACUGCUAUGGCACCCCAAACCCAGCCCCGGGACACCACCCCAGCACUCCGACCACAAUCCUGGCACAGCAGCGCCAGCACAGCACUGCGAGCCCUGGACACAGAGCACCACCGUGGCACUCCAACAUGGCACUGCCUUGGCACCGUGACACCGGGACGUGUGGCGCCACCUUGUGUGGUAGAUAGGGUCAGGCGUUCGGAAGAUUUCGCGAUGUAACGGGAAGGCAGGGCCCCUGUUGGUAAAGGCCCCUGUCUUUACCCCUAGAUGGCAAAGACAGACCCCCUCUGACAGAGAAAAACCCUAGAUUAUAAAACCCCACGAGAAGAGAUAAUAAAGGCCUUUUGACCAUCCA